CCGCCAUGGCGACCAGGAAGGCGGGUUCGCGGCUGGAGACGGAGAUCGAGCGCUGCCGCUCCGAGUGCCAAUGGGAGCGGAUCCCCGAGCUCGUCAAGCAGCUGUCGGCCAAGCUCAUCGCCAACGAUGACAUGGCCGAGCUCCUCCUUGGGGAGUCGAAGCUGGAGCAGCACUUGAAGGAGAAGCCCCUGCGGCAGGGAGCCAGUCCUCGGGGCCCCAGGCCUCAGCUAACUGAGGUGCGCAAGCAUCUGACUGCUGCCUUGGAUCGAGGGAACCUCAAGUCAGAAUUCCUACAAGAAUCCAAUCUGAUCAUGGCCAAGUUGAAUUAUGUGGAAGGAGAUUAUAAGGAAGCAUUGAACAUUUAUGCCCGGGUGGGACUCGAUGACGUGCCGUUGACAGCCGUUCCUCCCUACAGGUUGCGGAUGCUUGCCGAAGCCUAUGCUACCAAAGGACUUUGUUUAGAAAAGCUGCCUAUUUCUUCUUCUACCAGUAAUCUCCAUGCAGACCGGGAGCAGGAUGUCAUCACCUGCUAUGAGAAGUCGGGGGACAUUGCGCUCCUGUACCUCCAAGAGAUAGAGAGGGUGAUCCUUACUAAUAUUCAGAACAGAAGCCCUAAGCCUGGCCCUGCUCCCCACGAUCAAGAACUAGGUUUUUUCCUAGAAACAGGACUUCAGAGAGCCCAUGUCCUCUAUUUCAAAAAUGGGAACUUGACAAGAGGAGUUGGGAGAUUUAGAGAGCUGCUCAGAGCAGUAGAAACAAGAACGACACAAAACCUGCGGAUGACAAUAGCCAGGCAGUUGGCGGAGAUCUUGUUGCGGGGUAUGUGUGAGCAGAGCUACUGGAGCCCCCUGGAGGAUCCUCCCUGUCAAUCACCUCUGGACGACCCUCUCCGGAAAGGAGCAAACACCAAAACCUACACACUCCCUCGCAGAGCCCGCGUCUACUCAGGAGAGAACAUUUUUUGUCCUCAAGAAAAUACCGAAGAGGCCCUGUUGUUAUUGCUGAUUAGUGAAUCAAUGGCCAACCGAGAUGCUGUGCUAAGCAGGAUUCCCGAACACAAGAGCGACCGCCUCAUCAGCCUGCAGAGCGCAUCCGUCGUCUAUGACUUGCUGACCAUUGCUCUUGGGAGAAGAGGCCAGUAUGAGAUGCUGUCAGAGCUCUCAGAUGCCGGUGUUCUUCUUAUCCAGUGCUUAGAAAGAGCCAUGAAGUUUGCCUUUGAGGAGUUCCACCUCUGGUACCAGUUUGCCCUGUCGCUGAUGGCUGCUGGGAAGGCUGCCCGGGCUGUGAAGGUGUUGAAGGAGUGCAUCAGGCUCAAGCCGGACGACGCCACCAUCCCGCUCCUGGCUGCCAAGCUGUGCGUGGGCUCCCUGCACUGGUUGGAAGAGGCUGAAAAAUUUGCCAAAACUGUUGUUGAUGUGGGAGAGAAAACAUCAGAGUUCAAGGCCAAAGGCUACCUCGCUCUGGGACUCACCUACAGUUUGCAGGCCACUGAUGCUUCUUUGCGAGGGAUGCAGGAGGUCCUGCAGAGGAAGGCGCUUCUUGCAUUUCAGAGGGCCCACAGCUUGUCACCUACAGACCACCAGGCAGCUUUUUACCUGGCUCUGCAGCUUGCCAUCUCCAGACAGAUACCAGAAGCUCUAGGGUACGUGCGCCAAGCUCUUCAACUUCAAGGUGAUGAUGCCAAUUCCCUGCACCUCCUCGCACUGCUUCUGUCGGCACAGAAGCAUUACCACGAUGCCCUCAACAUCAUCGACAUGGCCCUGAGCGAAUAUCCAGAAAAUUUUGUACUACUGUUUUCCAAAGUGAAGUUGGAGUCACUCUGCCGGGGCCCAGAUGAGGCGCUGCUCACCUGUAAGCACAUGUUACAGAUAUGGAAAUCCUGCUACAACCUCACCAAUCCCAGUGACUCUGGACGUGGGAGCAGCCUCUUAGAUAGAACCAUCGCUGACAGACGACAGCUUAAUACAAUCACUUUGCCAGACUUCAGUGAUCCUGAGACAGGCUCCGUCCAUGCCACAUCAGUAGCAGCCUCAAGAGUGGAGCAGGCGCUGUCAGAAGUGGCCUCAUCUCUGCAGAGCAGUGCCCCUAAACAGGGCCCACUGCACCCCUGGAUGACACUGGCACAGAUCUGGCUUCAUGCAGCUGAGGUUUACAUCGGCAUUGGAAAGCCUGCCGAAGCCACAGCCUGUACCCAAGAAGCUGCCAACCUCUUCCCAAUGUCCCACAAUGUCCUGUACAUGAGGGGUCAGGUCGCUGAGCUACGAGGAAACUUCGAUGAGGCCCGGCGAUGGUACGAAGAAGCCUUAUCCAUCAGCCCCACCCAUGUGAAGAGCAUGCAACGACUGGCCUUGAUCCUUCACCAGCUGGGCCGUGACAGUCUGGCUGAAAAGAUCCUCCGGGAUGCAGUGCAGGUGAACUCCACAGCCCACGAGGUCUGGAAUGGGCUGGGGGAGGUCCUCCAAGCUCAGGGCAACGGUGCGGCCGCCACAGAGUGUUUCCUGACCGCCUUGGAGCUGGAGGCCAGCAGCCCUGCUGUGCCCUUCACUACCAUCCCCCGCGUGCUCUGAGUGGACCAGCCGUCUCGCCUGCCACACAGAUCCAGUAUGCCCCAGCUGGCCAUCCUGUCACCCAGGGGGUGAAUCGGCCACACCGAGGCCCUGUCUGGAUGUUUGACCAACAGUGCGCCAACCAUACCGACCUGAACCAUCGCUCUCCCCUUGCGCAUUUACUCCCCUCGUUGUUUUUGCCAUGAUAGUUUCUGAACCUACAGUCAUUCAAAAUGGAUUAUGUGCCAUAUUCAGUUAGUUGACAUCUGAGUUUUAAGUCAAUAAUUAUGGACUUCAUCAGCGAAUAUAGAAGAAUAUAUUCACAGUUAAAAUUCAGUGGCAGAACAGAUUAUUUUUAUCAGUGCUGUAAAGAAAACAACUGCCCUGUCCUCCGUCCCCCCCACCGCUCCUGCCCACCUCAGCCCAGAAUCAAAUGUGAAUUUUCUGUUUCCCACCUCAGUGCUCGUCCAUGCCAGGACACCAGCUGACAACCUCUCGGUGUUAUUGUCAAUAAUUGUACCGUGUGAUGAAUUCCUGUUCCUCCUCACUUAGAACAAAGCCUGAGUCUAAGAAUAUUUAUAUUUUACCAAUAUAUGCCUGUUACAAGAGAAGGAAAUAUGAGUUAUUUAAGUUUAACUUUUUUAUGUGAAUUCAGAGUUUAUUUAUCGAUGGAAAUAUGUACAAAGAAGCUUCAAAUGGAAUAUUUACCGACAUUCCUUAUACAUGACAGACACUUGGCUAAACAGGAAGAUGAUGUUAAUAAAAAAAUGAUUUUUAAAUGGA